AUGGGACUCCCUCUUGAUCAUAUCACUGUCUUUGAAAUGGCAGGCCUAGCACCAGCUCCCUUUGCUGGUUUAAUCAUGGCAGACUUUGGCGCCAAUGUCAUUCGCAUCGAUAGAUCUCAAGGCUUCAAUGCUGAUGUUUUAACGAGAAACAAACGAUCCCUUGCGCUGGAUUUGAAGAACCCAGUAGCAAUCAGCACAUUGAUGGAGCUUUUCAAGACGGCCGAUGUCUUGCUAGAUCCAUUUCGCCCUGGUGUCAUGGAGAAGCUGGGCCUUGGUCCAGAUGCGUUAUUGAAACAGAAUCCCAGGCUAAUUUAUGCGAGAUUGAGUGGUUUUGGUCAGCAUGGCCCCCACUCUCAAAUUGCAGGCCAUGAUAUCAACUAUUUAGCCAUCUCUGGUGCAUUAAAUAUGAUUGGUCGUCAAGGCGAAACCCCAUUCUUUCCUGUCAAUAUUUUAGCUGAUUUUGCUGGCGGUGGUUUGAUGUGUGUCAUGGGCAUCUUGAUGGCAUUGAUAGAGCGUUCAAAAUCAGGCAAAGGACAAAUCAUUGAUGCAAAUCUCACUGCUGGCACAUCUUACCUUGCGACAUUUCCUUAUUUAAUGCAAAAGUAUGGACUAGUGUGGGAAGGAGAAAGGGGUUCCAACAUGCUGGAUGGUGGCGCUCAUUUCUACGAGACCUACCGUACAAAGGAUGGGCGAUUCAUGGCAGUUGGUGCUAUUGAACCACAGUUUUACGCAGUCUUGCUGGAGAAAUUGCACUUGAACAAGGAUGAAGCCUUACCCAAUCAGUUGGACAAGGAGGCAUGGCCCCGCAUGAAAACCAAGUUUCAAUCCAUCUUUGCCACUAAAACACAACAAGAAUGGUGCUCGAUUUUCGAUGGCUCAGAUGCAUGUGUCACACCUGUUUUAUCAUUCCAAGAUCCUAUUCCAAACACAAACAGAAUGGCUGAGGCUCCUCGUCCAGCCCCUCACUUGUCGAGAACGCCUGCAAAGGGACCUGACGCCAGCAACGAGGACAGCCCACCGUUCCUCACAGUGGGUGACAAUUCCAUUGAAAUUUUAAAAGAAUUUGGCAUUGGAUCGGAUCAAAUUGAAAAACUAUUGGCCUCCAAUGCAUUGGUAGACGCAACGAGUGGCAAAUCUAAAUUGUAA